AUGAAUACUUUAACUCUGACAGGCUCAUUUUCAAUAGCAGAAGCCCAUUCUUGGUUAGCUUUGUGUUUAGCUGAAGUUCCCGAACGUUGUCCACAGGCAGAGACUGUUACUUUUAAUUUUCGUUCAACAUUUAAUGGAGGGACUCAAUUACAAGCUAAUUAUAGUUAUCGUUCUGACAAUUUAUCCACAAUUGUUAUUUUACGUGAUGUUAUUAGCAGAAUUGUUUCUAUGGGGCAAAUAAAAGUACAUAUUGCUUGUGAUAUUAAUGAGGAAAGUAUUAAAAAAUGUUUAGAAUUAAUUUGGCCUAAAUUGGAAUAUCAAAGUCGGUUAGUUAGACAAUUGGAAUUAGCCAGAGGUUUAAAGGUUAAUUUUAAAAAUAUUUCUUUUGGAAAAUAUUUAAAAUUUGUUUAUGUCUUGAGUAAUGUUUUGUUCGUUUAUUGUUGUUGUUUAUUUGUUGCAUGUUUUGUUGUGUUGUUGUUGUUUUGUUUGCUUGUUUGUUGUUGUUAUUUGUUUGUUUGUUGCACUAUAAAAACACUAAAACUUUCUUUACUCUUGUUUGUUAAUCAAAAGUGUCUCGUUAUUGUUCAUCGCCUAGUUUUUGUAUGUUUAUUUCUUAUUUUGUUCCCUUUUCAAAAAAUAUUAUUUUAA